AUGGGAUGCAUGAAUUCUAAACGUCCAUCAAAAUCUUAACCUAUUCAAUCUGCUCGGAGUUAAAUUUAAAUCUAAUUUUAAAGCCAAGAAGAAGAUCCUUAUGUGAUAAAAAAGAAUCCUAUUUUCUAAAGAAGAGCUUCAUAAAAAUCCAUCAUAAGCCCUUUACAAACUACUUCUUAUGUUCAAAGAAAUAAGUGA